CACAUACAAAGACUAUAGAGACUGAGCGUGGCCCUUCGCCCAAAGGAAAACCUUUUGCCUUCCUGUGCCUUCCUUCCUGCUCUUUGGCCUUCUCGUCGACUACCCUAGUAAUAGGACUUGUUCCAGAAUGACGGCGAACCCGGCGCUGGUGCGCACGUUCGCCAACGAGCUGUGCCCGGCGCCCUUCCCGGAGGAGGUGUUUGUGCUGCGGCGCGCGGGCGUCCAGAUCGAGCUGCAGGGCGUGCAGACCCGCGUCAAGGGCUGGCAGGCGCGGGGCGCUCUAUACCUGUCCAACGUGCGCCUGGUGUUCGUGGCGGACAAGCCGGAUGAGCUAGGCCUGCACGCGUUUGACUUCCCGCUGGUAUACAUCCGACAAGACAAACUCAAUCAGCCCAUCUUUGGAUGCAACAACCUAGCAGGCCAGGUGUGGCCGGCGGUGGAGCGGGGCGGCCCCUCCGGUGAGCUGCCGCCGCAUGAGUUCCGAGUCUACUUCAAGGAGGGCGGCAUCGGCACCUUCUACCCGCUCUACUACACGCUGGCGGAGCGGGCCAAGCAGGCGUUUGCGGCGGCGCAGGAGCGCAGCCGACUGGCGGCGGCGGGGCUGGUGGACCCCAACCCGCCCACCUACGUGGCGGGGCUGGUGUCGCACGCGUUCGUGGACCCGGCCGACCCCUCCACUAUCUACCUGGCUGAGCGGCAGCCCGUGGCGGAGGCGGACCGCCUGCCCACCGCCCCCCGCUACACGGCCCGCUACGCCCACAACUACGGCGAGGACGAGGUGUACGAGCCCAUGGACGGCCAGGCGUCGGCACCUGGGGCACCUGGGGCACCGGCGGCACGAAACACGUAGCGUGACGGUUGACACGGUGCCGAGCAGGGGCGUGGAGCCUGGCGGAGCUCUUGGGCGUGAGGGGGUGAGGGGAGGUGUGUGUACCCCCUGCCCAGUAGGGAACAUGGGGAUGCGGUCACGCAGGGGCCUUGACGGCUGGGUCAUAUGGGGGGCAUGCGGCACGGUGCGGCGCAGAUGUGGUAGCAAAAGGGUUCAACGCGUGAUGGUCUCCUUAGAUAGGCACUGCAGUGCUGAAAUGUGGGGUGUACACCUCAUGAACUAUCGUUGGCGUGAUGACUUGAGUGGAAAGGAGGCGAUGUUUACAACUUGAAGAGCGAGGAGGGGGCCAACCGUGUAUAUGAGCCAUUGUGCCAGGGGUUCUUUGCAGAGCGUGUUGGAGAGGAGCAGGCAACUGUGGCCUUUGUGGCAUUGAGUGUGGGCGCGGUGCGCGGUGUUGCCUGAACGCAGCCAUCCGUGCAUAUGUGGUUGCGGCCUUCCGGUGCGUAUGUAGCAGUUGGCUGAAGUUGCCAUGAUGCGGCUGCGUGAGAGUUGCUGCUGACAGUUGACUGGUCCACGGCACCAUCCCUGGUUUGGCACGAAGCGCAAGGAAGCGCCGAAAGGGUCACACGAGAUUCUGAGCUCAAGCAUGUGGCCUUGGUUGCAUCGAGA